AUGGCCGAGGAGCUCACUUCUAUAAAGCUCAAUCCAGAGAGCCACAUCAUCUUGGAUCAACCACUUCUCCGGCUUCCCCAAGAACUCGCCCGUAGGAAUUUCAAGAGCGUUCAACGGUCCGUUGAACGAGAAAAGGAUUAUGUCCUCCCAGCUCUUAAAGAGGCAGCCAACGCCUCCCUAUCCAAUAGCAGUACACCCGACCAGACACUCGCGGCUCUCGAUGCGAUGAUUUCUCGCAUGCAGGGCUUGAAGCGGAAGAUGCAGAGCCUGCAAGAGGAAGAGAAGAAGAUUCAAACACAAUCACGGAAACGAAUUCAACACCUGGAGACAUUACACAAGAUUCCCAGCUUGGCCGACGUCAAGUAUGACCAGUGGUCGCGCGUCCGGCUAGAUCGGUUACUUGUGGACCAUAUGUUACGGUCGGGAUACUCGGAGAGUGCAAAGCAACUAGCCCAAGAGCGAGAAAUUGAAGACCUGGUUGACUUGGGCGUCUUUACCCAGUGCCAGCGAGUUGUUGAGAGCCUACGCCGCGGGGAAACCAAGGAGGCGCUGCAGUGGUGUGGCGAGAAUAAAGCUGCACUUAAGAAGAGCCAGCAUAAUCUAGAAUUCGAGCUGCGGUUACAGCAGUACAUCGAGAUGAUUCGCACACAGCACCAGACAAAGAAAAUUGAGGCCAUUGCCCAUGCUAAGAAAUACCUAGUGUCCAGCCAAGAUCCUGAGAGUCGAGAACUACAAAGGGCAGCAGGAAUGCUCGUUUUCAACCAAGGCGCCAAAGUGGAGCCAUACAAGACAUACUUUUCGCCGGAUCGCUGGAAGCUACUAUCUGACCUUUUCAUAAAAACACACCAUGAGCUCCUAUCGCUCCCAUCCCAACCAUUGCUACACAUUGCCCUGUCCGCCGGACUCUCGGCACUGAAAACCCCGCUGUGUCACUCUGCGUAUACAUCCUCUAGCUCCAACUCACAAUCCACGACAACAUCUGUGUGUCCGAUCUGUUCCACUGAGCUGCACGAGCUGGCUCGCAAGAUGCCCUAUGCGCAUCACUCCAAGAGCUACGUGGAAGGCGACCCGAUCGUGCUACCCAACGGUCGAGUCUACGGCAAGGCGCGACUGUUGGAUAUCAGCAAGAACCUCGGGAACGUAGAGGCCGGCAAAGUCAAGGACCCGACCACGGGUGAGGUGUUCGAGGAAACUGAGAUGAAGAAGGUGUAUAUCCUGUAA